AUGAUGAGUCUGCUCCCAGAGUACUUGAAUACUAAAUGUGAGGUUGCUGUCUUUUGCGUUGCCGGUAAAUUGGUUGAUGGGCUAAAUGACACCUGCUAUGGGGAUUUCGACUUUGAGAGAAGAGAAGAUGGUCAAAGUUUUACACUUAUAUUCUGGGAUUCUAUGAAAACAAGUGCAAUUCAAAUAGAUGAAAAUAAAAUUUUGAUUAGCCAAUAUAUGAGUAAAUUCAUAAAUUUUUCCAUAGUCAUAGAUUUUAGAGAAACAUUUGGCACUAACAUCACGUUACCUAUCAAAUCUGAUCAAAUUGUUAUAAAGGAAAAAUUGCAUUCAGCUACACCUUUACAAUAUAAUUCAUAUGCCUUUGCUAAAUUCUUUAAUACAGAAAUUAAUCGUCGUGAUGUUGGUCCUAAUUUAGAUAUUUUGGGUAAGGGUGAACGUAAUGAUUGGGGUAGACCAGAAGAUGUUAAGAAAUCAAAAAAUAGGGAAUAUAUCUUGAAUGCAUUGAAAAUGGAAUUGAGAUUGAAAAACAAGAAACAAACUUUUAUGAAGAAUCUCUUUCCUGAAGAGUGUUCAAAAUCAGAUUCAGAAUUUAAAAAUGAAGAAUAUGAACUUAAAGAUCAAGAAUAUGCAAAUGUGGUUCAUAUAUCCAAUUUUAAACCCCUUAAAGUUCAAUUACCAGUCGAAUAUCCAGAAAUACAAUUAAAUGGAACAAGCUCACCGCUAUUUGGUCUUCGAUCCAGAAGUCCAUUUGGAAGAUUUUUCACUUGA